AGUCUAACCCCUCGCUUUACCACGACGGAAGCGCUGGUUCUGACGUGUCGCGACCUCACUGGGCCUCAGUCCGCAACGAGAGUCCCAGGCCUGGAAGAGGGGUGGCCCGAGGUGCGAGAUGCAAGCGGGGAAGGUUGGAAAGAGAUGCCCUUUCCUACCAGAGUCAAAGUUUCCCCGAAGCCUGUCUCGCCCAGCUUCCCAUUGGCCCAUGGGAUCCACCCCCUUCAGGGUUCCUCCCCCUGCUCUGCAAGUUCUGGGAGAGGGGACAUUCCUGAGAGUCCAAGGGUCACCACGACACCAUGACUGAGUCUGGCAAGCCCAUCCUCUAUUCCUAUUUCCGGAGCUCCUGCUCGUGGAGAGUUCGAAUUGCGGAGGACCCAGAGAGGAAAUCUGGUCCCUGGAGUCACAGCAGAUGCUGUCAGACCACCGAAGAGGCCUAUGCCCUGCUUGGAAUCGCUCUGGCCUUGAAAAGCAUCGACUUUGAGACUGUACCUAUCAACCUCAUAAAGGAUGGGGGACAGCAGUUCUCUGAAGAAUUCCAGGCACUGAAUCCCAUGAAGCAGGUGCCCGCCCUGAAGAUCGACGGAAUCACCAUUGCCCAGUCGCUGGCCAUCAUUGAGUACCUGGAGGAAACUCGGCCCACUCCACGCCUCCUGCCGCAGGACCCGAAGAAGAGGGCCCAGGUGCGCAUGAUUUCCGACAUCAUCACCAGCGGCAUCCAGCCCUUGCAGAACCUGUCUGUCCUGAAGCAAGUGGGACAGGAGAACCAGCUGACCUGGGCCCAGAAGGCCAUCCGUCCUGGCUUUAACGCUCUGGAGCAGGUCCUGUGGAGCACAGCAGGGAAGUACUGUGUGGGAGACGAGGUGUCCAUGGCUGAUCUCUGCUUAGUGCCUCAGGUGGCAAACGCUGAAAGGUUCAAGGUGGAUCUCACUCCCUACCCUACCAUCAGCCGCAUCAACAAGACGCUAAUGGCCUUGGAGGCUUUCCAAGUGUCUCACCCCUGCCGGCAGCCAGACACACCCCCUGAGCUGAGGGCCUAGCUCUCCAACUGUGCCCCGUGGGGGAGGGGCAGGGAGAGGGUGCAGAAGCAGAAGCUCGGGGGUGGCUGAACAGGCCUGGAAACAAGCACGCCCUCACUGGAGAAGCAGGAGACCUGAACUCCUUGAACUUGGACACUAGCCCUGGAUCUGCCUUCCCACUGAAACUCUUUGUGCCUCAGUCCCCUCAUCUGUCCAGUGUGGGUAGGGUGGGGGAGAGGAUGCGGGGAGGAAGGGGGCAGGAACAUGACCGGUUGCCUGUGUCGUGGGGCAGUCGUGAAGAUGAGGUGAGAAUGUAGCCUAAAAUGCUUGGCGGGUUCACCAGAGAUGUAAGGGAGCCUGUGCGCCUCUUCCCAUCCCCGCAGCUGUACCUGACUCCCGAGAAUGCCCACAUUGAAACGUGAUCAUUAAACUGAAGCCCAGGCCUCGG